AUGUCUGAAAGAAAAGCUAUUAACAAAUACUAUCCACCAGAUUAUGAUCCAUCGAAAGUAGUCAAGCAAAAGAAGAAUAAAAAUGGGAAUCAAACGAUAAAGAUUCGUAUGAUGGCUCCAUAUUCAAUGAGAUGCUUAAAAUGUAAUGAAUAUAUCGCGGAGAGAAGAUCUUUCAAUGCAAGAAAAGAAACAACUGAUGAGAAAUAUUUAAAUAUAAAAAUUAUACGGUUUUAUAUAACAUGUCCUGGAUGUAAUAAUACAAUCACUUUUAAAACAAAUCCGGCUGAAGCUGGUUAUACACCAGAAAAUGGAGCUGUACGAAAUUUUGAACCAUCAAAGAAAAAAAGAAAACAAGAAACAAAUGAUGAACUACUCAAGAGAUUAGAAGAAGAAGAAAAAGAAGAUCAAAAAUAUCAAUUACUUCAAAAAAAGAGGAAAAAUAAUCCAUUUUGGAAAGAACAAGAUGAUUCAAAUGGUGAUGUAAUUGAAAAAUUUGAAAAGAGAUUAAUUGAACAACAAAAACAACAACAAGUGAAUGAGGAAUUGGAAGCUAUUCAAAGGCAAAUUGAUUCAGGAAAGAAAAAUCAAAUAUUGGAGCUUCCGAAAGAAAUUGAGAAAACAAAACAAUCUAUACCAAUACCAUCCAAAAUUACAUUAAAAAAGAAAAAUUUCAUUUCAAAUUUAAACUACUCAUCAGAUAGUGAUUAA